AUGGCUACGACGGCUUUUGAGGUUGUAGAUCACUUGACUGUUGAUCCCCUUAUUGGUUUGCAAGAUACGACAAACACGGCCACUCGUGUGAGGUCACCAUUGGUCGUUGCAGACAACCAUUCCUACUUAGCAGCGUUACUUCGCCUGUUGGGAGAUCUGUCACCUGUAGUUAGUCUGAUGAACCCUUUUGAUCUAGUGUUAACACCAUUCCGCCUCAUUCUUGAUAAUGCUAUCCUCGAUACUACCAACCUCUGGAUCACAACGACUUCUGCUGAUAAGCAAAGUAGGGCGGUGAAUGGCAAACGACGACACUCGCUGAAAGAUGCUACUCACAGUUCCUGUUUCAUGCUUUCCACUAUAGUUUACGUAGAGGAACUUCAACUUCUUCCAUCCAGCAUUAGCAUAAUAUAA